AUGCUCUCCCACAUGGACUACACCACGACACCGAUUCCAUACUUACCUCGGCUCGGCCACCUCGCCUUCCUGGAGCUUGAGGACGAGCUGGACAUUUCGAGCCUGCAGGCAAAGCUCAUUCAUUCACCCACACGAGAAUAUCUGCUCUCAAGACCACGAACAUGGGACGUAGCAACAGAAGACGAGAUCGAUGCGGAUACGCUACUGGCGGACCUCGGUCAUCUAGCCCCGUCGGUGGCUAAGGACUUCAUCUCUAAGGAAUAUACCGAGGCCAGCUUCGCGUUCCGAUUGAUCAAGGAUGCUGAUCUCCAUGGCGAGGAAGAGGGAUACAUAGCUAUGAGCUAUUGCUGGAAGAAAAUGAACCGGGAUGCUCCGCGGAAAGUCGUCGAAGACCUGCCAUUCGCCUGGACUAGAGAGGUCGAACAAUUCCCCUUACCGACUAGUGCCGCUCUAUUUCAGGCCGUGCUCAAGGAAAAGAGUGCAGGAGAAGGACUGUGGUUCGACCAAGUCUGCAUCAACCAAGAUGAUGACGCAGAAAGGGCCAUCACCAUCGCUGCGAUUGACGCCAUUUACAGAAAUGCAAGAGCGGUGGUGGUAGCUUUGGACGACAUCGUGGCUACACCAGAAGAAGAACAGUUUCUUCGCUGCUACAUAGAGCAGUACAGUUACUCCGACUUGACCAUUGACCAACAGCCCAACGUGUGCCAGAAUCCCCCUUUCAUGCACCGAUACCCAGCGUUUAUUUCCUUCUUUGAGCGCUUCAGUAAUUCAGAAUGGUUCGAGCGGGCCUGGUGCGCGCACGAGAUGAGACUGGGACAGCAGCAUGUUUUCCUUCUGCGCUGUUCGUCCCAGUAUGAGGAUGAGGUCCGAACGGUCUUACGAUUUACAACGUCAUUUCUGCUCCAUAUGCUUGUACUGGCAAGCGAGCUUGCUACGUUCACACCCACGCAACAAGCGAGGAUACGAACAUUACAGGAUGUUCUCGUUGGGCACAGCAAUACGCAGACGAAGAAGCACCUUGCUGUCCGACGACCUGAUACUCCACAAACACCGUCCAUCGAGGCUCCUGCUGCAUUCGUACCCACCAUCGUCAACACCUUCCAGAUGAAAGCCAGUGGCAAUCCACGAUUACCAGAGUAUCUGAGAAGACUAGACGCCAACCGGGACAAAGCAUGUAUAACUCUCAGCGCUGCUAAGUUCCCGAUCAGUUUGGCACCAGCGAACCCUUAUCAACGACCAAAUAUCGAAGACGAGUGUCUCCGAUCGCUGCUACUCGUUGGCCUAGCUGCCCGGGAUCCUGUAUGUCUCUGCACGACCGGUACACCGCUACAAUUACACGACGGCUCGAUGUCAUGGCUCUCGAGACCCACAUCACUAGACACACAUUCAAUACGCUCAGUACCUCGGCGUUUCCCUCGAAGCUCGAACCCAGUACGACAAUCGUCCGAUGGCAGAGCAGAGUACUGUCAACUCGAUCUCAUCUUCCUCGACCUCCCCCAUCGCUCCAACCCAAACCCUCUAUUCCCCUCUCACAUCGCGCGUGCACACCUCUUCAUAAACCUCUGCAUGCAAUUCCACAUCCCUGGCCCAGGCAUGUGGACCUUCUGGCAGUCGCCCGACCACCCACGCUCCGCAUCAAUGCGCAACGUGUUCAUUCAGACGCUGAGCUGCAUCUUCGACUGCGGCCCACAAUGGCUUCUCGAGCUAAGCAGCGGCGGGCUCUUCCCUCACACAUCCCUCGAACCGCACAAAAUCGACAUGCUACUCAACCCGCACCUCAUCAUCCAGAACUAUGCCCUCCUCCCCGAAGGCCAGGCCGCGCUCUCCGCGCUCUUGUCAGCUAUAGGCAGUAUCCUGAUCUCUGGCAUCCCGUGGGCAAGCGGCGCCACAGAGCGUACUCACGGCCCGCUUGUUGUGUCCGCGCCGGCGCCGGCAUUCUACUCCGACCCGAGUUUCGGGGGCAAGGCGGUUGUCUUUGCGCCCUUUGCGCAUAGUAAGACGCUUCUCAUCGCUGUGCCUGAUGUGGUCAAGAGCGCGGAAUACGAAGGAUUGGCCAGGGCGUGGGUGCUCACUAGUAUGAAUCCGUUCACGGGCAGUCCGAAGCGGGAUGUCAGUUGGACGCUGCAGAGUAAGGGGGUUGUGUUUGGGGAUGGGAAUUUUAACGCUGGACUGGGCAGGAGUGGAGAGACGAGGUAUCAUCGGGUUCAUGGACCGAGUGUGCAGGUUGGUGCUUGA